AUGAUAAUGAUGAUGCGCUACGUGCUGUGUAUCCUCGCUCUCCUGCUCUCAUGUGCGUGUGUGUACGUCCUCGCUGAAGAAGUGCCUGCCGCCGAUCUUUCCGACCAAGUCCCUGAUACGGAGAGUGAGACAAAGAUUAGUUGUCCUGAAGGUACUCCUGAUGCCCAACUUCCUGAAAAGAAAUGUCCUCAAAAGCAAGAAGCUCCUCCUGCUCAUGUACCUGAGGUACCAAAAGAAGUUGUUCCUGAGAAAAAGGUACCGCCUGCUCCUCCUAAAAAACCCGAAGUUCCUCCUGAAAAAGUACCAGAGGUUCCUAAAGAGGUGGUUCCUGAGAAGAAAGUACCAGCUCCUUCUCAAAACCACGAAGGUCCUCCUGCUAAAGUACCGGAAGUUCAAAGUCAUCAUGGAGAUAAUGGUAUUCCUGGUCCUCGUGACGGAAUUGCUGAAACGGGUGACGCUGCUCUUCGUGGUCAAGCUGCAGUUUCUGCUACUGCGCCUACAGUUAACAGCCAACCAGAAAACAACGACAACAACACUUCAGCAGGUGGAAGGGCAGCUUCACAAGGAAGUGGAGCACCACAACCUUCUUCCUCUUCUCCUAGCAGUUCAGCCACAGCAAGUGACGGAGCUGCGGAUACUGAAACUACGCGGACAGAGAGCGGAACUCCAUCUGCAGGGAGUGAAUCAACAAGUACCCAAGAAGAGGUUGCCGGAAAUGCAGAUACAACCACCACCACCACAACAACAACAACAACAACACUUCCUCCUGAACUCACAAACAACAAGAAGGGUGAUGCAGACAGCAGCAGCAGUAUCAGCAGUUCUGUGUGGGUGCGUGUGUCACUACUGAUUGUGGUUACACUGGCCUGUAUUCUUGUGUGCUGA